GUGACGUCAUCGCGCUCGGCGCAAGACCCGAAGGAGGAGGAGGCGGCACGGGGUCGCUGCCGCGAUGCGCGGGACCCCGGGCGACGUGGGGCCGCUGUGACCCCCCCCUCCUCCAUACUCUAGCGCAGACGACGACGAGGACGACGACGAGGUGGAGGACGAGGAAGACGACGACGAGGACGACGCGGGGCGAUCGAGCGAGGACGAGCGGCCAGGUGGAAUGGCGGCGGCCGAGCGAUCCGGGAGGCCGCGGUCCGGCGGACCCCGACUGCUCCUCGUCACGGCCAACGUCGGCUCCAUGUUCGAGGAUACCGAACAUUUGCAGAAAAACUGGCUCCAGGAGUUUUACAAGACGGUGCACAGCCAGGGGCCCCAGCUGGUGGCCGUGCACUGCCAGGAGGUCGGGGGGAAGAACUACGAGGAGUCGAUGGCGAACGUCGAGAUGUUCGUCAAGGAGCUGCUGUCCAGCGAGGAGAUGCGGGAGUUCAACCGCGCGCGGGUCUACCUCGAUGAGAACUACAAGUCCAAGGAACACUUCACGGCUCUAGGAAACCUCUACUUCCUUCACGAGUCCCUUAGGAACACUUACCAGUUUGACUUCAAAGCUCGCAAGUUCAAGAAGGUGACGGGCAAGGAGAUCUACUCGGACACGCUGGACAGCACCACCAUGCUGGAGAAGGAGAAGUUCCCCCAGGAGUUCUUCCCGGAGUGCAAGUGGUCGCGGAAGGGCUACAUCAGGACGAGGUGGAGCAUUAGUGACAGCGUCUUUGACCUGAUCAACAUCCACCUGUUCCACGACGCCUCCAACAUCACAGCAUGGGAGGAGAGCCCCUCGGUGUACUCGAGCAACCGGCAGCGCGCGCUCUCGCACGUGCUCGACAGGAUCUCUGACCGGCGAUACCAGACCGUGCCGUUCUUUAUUUUCGGAGACUUCAACUUCCGGCUCGACGCCAGGCAGGUGGUGGAGUCGCUGUGUGGAGAGGCGACACUGGAGACGGUGAAGACGCCGAACACGGACGAGGUGGAUCGCGUCGUCUACACCGAGUCCAACAACGACCGCAAGGUGGUGCUGCGCAUGGAGAAGAAGCUCUUUGAGUACAUUCACCAGGGCAUAUUCCGCGAGGACAACGGCAGUGAUCUGCACAGAUUUGACCGGGAGUUCUUGGCCUUCAAGGACCGUCUCUGGGAGCAGGACAUCGGCUUUCCUCCCAGCUACCCGUACAGCGAGGACAGCAGCCAGGGCAGGAGCUACAUGAACACGCGCUGCCCGGCCUGGUGCGACCGCGUGCUCAUGUCCCACUCGGCACGCGAGCUCUUCCACAAGGGAGAGGGGGAGGACGCGGUCCCCGUCUACAACAACAUCGGCGCCAAUGUGUGCAUGGGCGACCACAAGCCGGUGUUCCUGUGCUUCAGGCUGGUGGUGGGAGCAGGUAAACGCAGCGCUGCCGAUCCCCAGUGUUGUGCUGUGCAGUGACCCGUGUGCCUUGCUCGUGACAAGAAGAGCCAUCGGCAGAAUGGGGGGCGGUUCCUGCGCGAGACGGCCGUGUGAACGGGCUCCGGGGGGCUCCACCAGAGCGCACCCUCCCCCCUACCGUCAACGCCCCCCUCCCUCACUUCCCCCCCCCCCCGAGUGGAGCAAUACCCAGCUCCUCCACACCAUUCUCCCCCCCCGUCCCCCCCGUCCUUCCCCUCCACCGCUCGCUCACUCUUAGCGCUCCACUCGCCAACUCGCUCACUCACCUCUGUGAGCGGUUCGCUUGGCCCCGAGUGGUGGUCACCAAAGCCACCCCCCCCCCCACUCACCCCC